AUAAUACAUUCCACCGAAAGUGAUAAAAUAUCAACUUAACGCCAUUCACUAGGAACAGAAUAAAGCAAAGGACAAAAGAAUCCAUAGCAGCAAAAGCUUCCUUCUGGCCUUUACCUUUUUCUCCAGUUCCUCAUUAACAUUUCCACAUCCACUCCGUAGAAAAAGAAAGCAACAGCACCAAAGCAGGGAUAUGAGUUGCUGUUUUCAUGGUUCCACAGUUAUGCAACCAAUGGAAACCUCCAUACCCAGAAGCAGUACUAUUGAAGACUAUGCAGGACACAAGAACCUUAGACAAGAAGUUCUGAUACAAAUACCAAGAUGCAAAGUUCAUUUGAUGGAUGAAGGAGAAGCUUUUGAACUAGCUCAAGGCCAUUUCAUGGUAAUCAAAACCUUGGAGGAAAAUGUUUCUCUUGCUACAGUUAUAAAGGUAGAAGAAGAUCUUCAAUGGCCUUUAACUAAAGAUGAGCCUGUGGUGAAGCUAGAUGCUCUCCAUUACCUGUUUUCGUUGCCCGUGAAAGAUGGCGAGCCUCUUAGCUACGGCUUGACCUUUUCAGAAGAUAGUUAUGGAAGCUUGAGUUUACUGGAUUCGUUUUUGAAAGAGCACUCUUGUUUUUCUGGCUUGAAGUUGAGUAACAAGAAUGACCUUGAUUGGAAGGAGUUUGCUCCGAGGGUUGAAGAUUACAAUCAUUUUCUGUCAAAGCUUAUUGCAGGAGGGACUGGUCAGAUUGUGAAGGGUAUCUUCAUCUGCAGCAAUGCUUACACCAACAAGGUUCAAAAAGGAGGAGAAAUGAUCCUAAAUAGUCAUGCAGAUAAGAAAAAUGGUGUUGUGGCCUGGGAAAGUAAGAGCAACAAGAAUGUCGGUGCCUCGAAGAAGAACAAGAUCAAUAAAAACCUCAAACGUGUGCGGAAGUUGUCCAAGAUGACAGAAAAGUUAAGCAAAUCUUUGCUUAGUGGUGUUGGCAUAGUUAGCGGAACAGUGAUAGGCCCUUUGGUUAAAUCCCAACCAGGAAAGGCAUUCCUAAGGAUGUUGCCUGGAGAGGUGUUGUUGGCUUCCCUUGAUGCAGUCAACAAAGUUCUUGAUGCAGCUGAAGCUGCUGAAAAACAAACUCUUUCUGCCACCUCCAAAGCUGCAUCUAGAAUGGUCUCUAACAGGUUUGGGGAUAAUGCUGGGGAAGCUACAGAGCAUGUGUUUGCAACUGCGGGACAUGCAGCUAACACUGCUUGGAAUGUUUUUAAGAUAAGAAAGGCCAUCAAUCCAGCUUCUUCAGCAUCCAAGGGCGUGCUGAAAAAUGCUGUCAAAAAUACCAAGUUUUAUUAAAUAUUUAAUUUCAAUCAAGUUUCUUUGUACUUGGUUGUCAAAAAAUGAAGUGGUGGAAUUAAUUAGUACUUGUUAUAUUCAUUUCAGUUUCAAGCUUUCAUCUUUUAAGAAUCGGUAA